AAAUAAGACAAGACGAUGUUGGAGCGCUGGCUGUCUGUCAGUCGUUCGUCGUGCGCGUGGCGGUGUUGGACGACCUCAGCUCGCGGUGUUGUGGUUGUGGUAAAACGGUCACGACUAGAACUUGACACGCUGCACGGAUCUGGUUGCCACAGCAACAACAGGUUAGGUGUGGAUCUGCAGUCGUUAUCCAGCCCGGAUAGCCCUUUGGACAGUCCAGAGGAGUCGCCCAUCCACCCAUCCAACUCUCUGGACCAUGCGUCUGUAACCCUCUCGCACAAUGGCACAUCCGAUGGUUCACUGCCACCCUCAUCGUCGGUGGGUUCUGGUAGCUAUGACAACCCCAGCAUGUGGGUGACGUAUCCAAGCCUUGGUACCAUUAAAACAGAACCACUCGACUCCAGCCCCGGCUCUCCUUUCGCCUCCACGAGCGGAGGCAGUGACAAUCUAGACAGGUACCCAGGUGAUCAUCACAAGCCCUCAUUAUCAUCGCCUUACUUGUAUGCAAACUUCUACAAACAUCCUAGUGUAGCCGCAGCCUACCAGCAGCUUCUAGGCGCUGUAGUGACCACCACCAGCACCACAUCAACCAGUGCUGCAACCACCGCCAACGGCCAGGACGCGGCCAGCAGUUGCAGCAGCAACAGCAGCAGCAGCAGUACCAGCAGCGUCACAGGCAGCACAACAACGACGACGGUGGAGGCCGCACCCGUCAUGAACGCCUACAUGGGCGGGGGUCAAACCUCGGCCUCCUACGGUUACUAUGGCAGCGGCACGCAGAACCCGUUCGCCAUCAUGCCACCCUACAACUCGGCGCCGGAAACAUUGUCCAAAAUCCAAAAAGGUCAGACGGGGGCGGCGGGGUCGCAGGUGUCCAGCUCCAGCUCCUACAUAAGCAGUAACUACGGUUCCAUGGCUCAUGGUCAGAACUACAACUACGCAGGUUCCGCUGGCCCCGGCUACACUUCCAGUCCCCCGGUGAUGGGCUACCCACCACAGUCGGGUAUAGACGGCUUUGCUGGCUACAACUACACGCAGUACCCUUAUCAGUACCCGUACCUGGGGUCCGCCGCAGGUGGUGCAGUGACGUCAGUUCCAUCUACCCAGACAUAUCAGCUCAUCGACAGCCCAGUGACUACCUCCGCAGAAACACCCUACAGCCCGUCGCCGCCAUUGAAAGAAAACGGAAGUUCAGCAAGCGCGCCUGUUGCAGGGCGGGGAACCAAGCGUCCCAAGCGGCCGCAGCCCUCGCCUGGCCCCGAGUCAGACUUGGAGCGAGUGUUCGUGUGGGACCUGGACGAGACCAUCAUCAUCUUCCACUCCCUCCUCACUGGAUCUUACGCUCAACGAUAUGGCAAGGACCCACCUUCCAGCGUGUCGCUGGGGCUCAGGAUGGAGGAGAUGAUCUUUAACCUGGCGGACACUCAUCUCUUCUUCAACGAUCUUGAAGAAUGUGACCAGGUCCACAUAGACGACGUCUCCUCCGACGACAACGGCCAAGACCUCAGCAAUUACAACUUUGCCACCGACGGCUUCCACGCCGCCGCCAACAACGCCAACCUGUGUCUUGCCACGGGGGUGAGGGGCGGGGUGGACUGGAUGCGCAAGCUGGCCUUCCGCUACCGCCGCAUGAAGGAGAUCUACAGCAACUACCGCAACAACGUCGGAGGUUUGUUGGGGCCACAAAAGCGCGACCAGUGGCUUCAGCUACGGCAGGAAAUAGAAAACCUGACAGACCAGUGGCUGACACUCGCCCUCAAGUCCUUGUCUAUCAUAAAUUCCAGAAACAAUUGUGUUAACGUGCUGGUGACCACAACUCAGCUGGUGCCGGCUCUGGCCAAGGUGCUGCUGUACGGGCUGGGCGGCGUCUUCAACAUCGAGAACAUCUACAGUGCCACGAAGAUUGGUAAAGAGAGUUGUUUCGAGCGCAUCGUGUCUCGCUUUGGGCGCAAGUGCACCUACGUCGUUGUGGGCGACGGGCGCGACGAGGAGUCGGCAGCCAAACAGAUGAACUGGCCCUUCUGGCGGAUAUCGAACCACUCCGACCUGGCUGCUCUACACCACGCCCUGGACCUCAGCUACCUGUAGAGAACGGGGGAUGAUGGUGUGGGUGCCAGCCUUCUUAGACUCUUGCCAGCAGUGUCGUCGUGACCGCGCCGCCAGGUGUACAGCUCGCAUCACUGUCUUCACAGGACACGGAGUUACCUGUCCUGCUGGACGCAGUCAUC